AUGCAGACUCGGUCUAAGUCUGGCAUUAUCCACCACAGGCAAUUUCCUGAGUACUCGAGCUUUACUACUCAGCUUAAUUCUAUCACUGAGCCUGAUACACCUGCUCAUUUCAAGGCAGCACUUGGAAAGCCUGAGUGGCAGCACGCCAUGUCUGAAGAAAUUCAAGCCCUUCACCAACAAGACACCUGGACUCUAGUUCCUCCUCCUUCUCAUACAAACAUUGUUGGGUGUAAGUGGAUUUUUAAAGUUAAAAGGAAUGCAGAUGGUACUAUUUCUCGAUAUAAGGCCAGGCUUGUAGCACAAGGGUUUAGUCAAGAAUAUGGUCUAGAUUAUGACGAAACAUUCAGUCCCGUGGUUCGACAUACUACAGUUCGUUUGAUUUUGGGUAUGGCAGUUCAAUUUCAAUGGAAAUUACGUCAACUAGAUGUUAAGAACGCCUUUCUUCAUGGCGAGCUCCAAGAAGAAGUCUUCAUGAAGCAGCCUCAAGGCGUUGUUGAUCCUACAUAUCCUGAUUUUGUCUGUAAACUUCAGAAGUCCCUAUAUGGCUUAAAACAAGCUCCUCGUGCAUGGAAUGCCAAAUUUACAGGAUAUUUACCUACUCUGGGGUUCACAGUGUCUCCUUCUGAUCCAAGUCUUUUUAUCAAGAAAACUUCUUCUGAUAUUCUUAUUCUUUUAUUGUAUGUUGAUGACAUCAUCCUCACUGGAUCUAAUCCUGACCUUGUCAACUCUGUUAUUUGUGAUCUUGGGGAAGUAUUCGAACUCAAGGAUAUGAGUCAACUCAAAUAUUUUCUUGGUCUUGAGAUUCACUAUCAGGCUAAUGACAAUAUGUUUGUCAAUCAAGCUAAGUAUGCUAAGGAUUUAAUCAAGAAGGCUGCCAUGGAUACGUGUAAACCUUGUAGUACACCCUCCAAACCUCAUCAUCAAGCUUUGACAACUGAUGGUCUUGCUCUUAGUGAUCCUACAUUGUAUCACAGUAUUGUCGGGGCCCUACAAUAUCUAACCUUCACUCGUCCAAACAUAGCCUUUGCAGUUAAUACCGUCUGUCAGUUCAUGCAUAAUCCCACUGAUGUUCAUUUUGGUUUUCUCAAAAGAAUUAUCCGGUAUUUGCAAGGUACUCUGCAGCAUGGGAUCGCUUUCUCUCCUGGCACUAUGCUUCUCUCCGGCUAUUGUGAUGCCGACUGGGCUGGUGACCCAAACACUCGUCGAUCCACCACUGGUUAUGCAGUUUUUCUUGGCCAUAAUCCAAUCUCUUGGGCGUCUAAAAAGCAAGCUUCAGUUUCCCGAAGCUCCACAGAGGCUGAAUAUCGAGCUCUUGCUCAUUGUGCUGCAGAGAUUUCGUGGAUUAGACAGCUGCUAUGCAAUUUAUAUAUGGUUAUUCCUGAAGCUCCAGUUUUACACAGUGAUAACUUGUCAGCCUUAGCACUAAGUGCUAAUCCGGUACUUCACUCUCAUAUCAAGCAUAUGGAUAUUGAUUUUCACUUCAUUCGGGAGAAAGUUCAAAACAAAGAUCUCAUUGUUCAAUAUGUUUCUACUGAUGAGCAAGUGGCUGAUAUUCUUACCAAGGGUCUUCAUAGUCCCCUGUUUGUCAAACACUGUGGCAAUGUCAGUCUUGGCUCACCCCCAGCUGAGAUUGAGGGGGGAUGA